CAAGGAUAUAUUGUACAGCACAGAGAAGAUAGCCAAUAUUUUAUAAUAACUAUACAUGGAGUAUAAUCUAUAAAAUUUUUGACUCUGUUGUACACCUGAAACUAACAUAACACUGGAAAUCAACUAUACCUCGAUAAAAAAAAGUUUACAGACUUUGGGAAAACAGAGUAGAGAAGACUUACAGGAAGUUCAUUUGUUAAUGUUUUAGGUGUUGAUAAAAAAAAUAGUGAUAUGUGACACAUGUGCGCACACACAUACAGAAAGAUGCCCACCGUCCCUUUUAUUUGAAUGCUCAUCUGGACUUUCUUGUUGUUUUCUGACUUGAAGGCGUUUGGCGUGCUUUUUCGUCAGAGCUAUUGCAUGUUCACACUUCUAGGUAAGAGAACUGGAGGAAACGAGGCAAAAGACAAUGUGGAACUUUAACUUCUCUUCCCAAGUUUUUCUGUUGUAUUUAAUGAGCCCCCUUUCCCUUUCUGUCUUGUCUGCUGGUACCUUGCCUUCUGGAAAAUAAAAACUUUGAGGAAAAUUCAAGAAAGUGUUACCCAGUCUUGCUCUUCCAUGCGUAUGUGAGGAAGCGAGGAGAAAUGAGUUUUCCUUUCUUUCAGUUUAAAGUGCCUGAGCAAUUUUUCUAGCAUGAAGAACUGUGACGCAAAAAGAAGUACGACUAACACAGCCCCAAAUCCAGUUUCUCACUCUCUUGAGAAAAGACUGACGUUUGCAUUGAUGGUGUUAAUACUUCUUUAAAAAAUGAUGUCUACUCUCUGUCCAAAUUUUUAUCUUCAUGCCUCCUUAAAUUUUUACUUAAAUGCUUAUUUUUCCAGGUAAACAUUGACGAGCAGGCAGUCUUUCAAGGAUUGCUUCAUCUAGGAUUCGGUUCGGAUUCCUAUAGACUUAAUUAGUAUCGGAAUAGUCUUUGUAUAAGAUGUGUUUAUGCUGUUUGAAAACAAACAUAUAUCUAUACAUGUAUUCUUAUGUUUCUCUAGGUCACCUCUGCAGAGAUAUAUAGGAAACUAGUAACACUGAUUAAGGGAGGACGGGAACCAGGAAUGGGGUUUGGAACGAUGUACCGUAUUCUACAUUUCUUUUUAUACUUGCAGUUUCCCCCUGUUGAUAUCCUAAGGGAAGAUGGGAAAGGGCUGUAAGGUUGUGGUUUGUGGCUUGUUAUCUGUGGGGAAAACGGCAAUUUUGGAGCAGCUCCUUUAUGGGAAUCAUACUAUUGUUGAAAUAUGUGAAGAAAAUAUGGCCUCACCCAAAUAUGUGGUUGAAAAAGGAAUGGAGGACUGUGAAACAAUGGAAGAUGUGUAUAUGGCUUCAGUGGAAACGGAUCGGGGAGUCAAGGAACAGUUACAUCUUUACGACACCAGAGGCCUACAGGAAGGCGUGGAGCUGCCAAAGCAUUAUUUUUCAUUUGCUGAUGGCUUUGUUCUUGUGUACAGUGUGAAUAACCUUGAAUCCUUUCAAAGAGUGGAGCUUCUGAAAAAAGAAAUUGAUAAGUUCAAAGACAAAAAAGAGGUGGCCAUUGUCGUGUUAGGAAACAAAACUGACCUUUCUGAGCAGAGACAAGUGGACGCCGAAGUGGCACAGCGGUGGGCCAGGAGUGAGAAGGUGCAUCUGUGGGAGGUGACGGUCACAGACCGCAAGACCCUGAUCGAGCCCUUCACCCUGCUAGCCCGCAAACUCUCCCAGCCCCAGAGCAAACCGAGCUUCCCUCUGCCUGGGAGGAGAAGCAAAGGCAACUCCAGCUCUGAGAACUAAACCCUAGGGUGCACAACUGUCCCUUGAAUGGUGACUGCCUCGAGGUGUCUGUGAACUUAUGUAAAACAGGCCAUUUCUGUCUACCUUUGGUCCUUAGGAAGACCCUGGGGAAGUAAUUUAAUGCACUUCCAGUUAUGAUUCAGUUACUGUUCCCUGACAUGAAAUAAUAUAUUUGCGUUCUCCUUGUUUCAGACUUGUCCCUAAAAUUAGCACCUUUGUUAUCUGUAUUAUGUUGCAUUUGCCAAAAGAAUAAAAUAAAAUUUGGGUGGUAUGCAUGUGUA